AUGACGCGGUGAGGACCCGGUGCGAGCGCGGGGAGUUCUGGGACAGGUGGGGAUGUUUCCAUCAUGGCGGCAUCAAUUUCGGGUUAUACUUUUAGUUCUGUGUGUUAUCACAGCGCUAACAGCAACUCCGACCAUGAGGGGUUUUUAUUGGGAGAGGUAAGACAGGAAGAGACGUUCAGCAUCAGUGAUUCCCAGAUAAGCAACACUGAAGUCCUCAAAGUAGUAGAAAUCCAUAAUCAUGAACCAUGCGCACAUCUCUUUAGCUUUUAUGACUAUGCGGGAAAAGUGAACGAGGAGAAUCUCAACAGAAUUCUUAAAGACAGAAGGAAAAAUGUUAUUGGCUGGUACCGGUUCCGUCGGAACACCCAACAGCAGAUGUCAUUCCGGGAGCAGGUGAUCCACAAGCAGCUGACCAGCCUCCUGGGUGUGCCUGACCUCGCCUUCCUGCUCUUCAGCUUCAUCUCCACCGCCAACAGCUCCACACACGCGAUGGAGUAUGUGCUCUUCAGGCCCAACCACAGGUAUAAUCAGAGAGUUUCUCUUAGUAUACCCAACCUGGGGAACACCAGCCAGCAGGAGUAUAAGGUGUCCUCAGUCCCCAACACGUCCAAAAACUACGCCAAGGUCAUCAAAGAGCAUGGAGCCGAGUUCUUUGAUAAAGAUGGAGUGAUGAAGGACAUCCGCACUAUUUUCCAGGUCUACAGUGCAUUGCAGGAGAAAGUCCAGGCAGUGUGUGGAGAAGUGGACAAAAGUGAACGUGUGAAGGAAAAAGUCCAGGAGGACGUGAACAAACUGAAGCAGCAGAUCACCCUCAGGAAACGCAAGACUGCCGAUGAAGAAAGGAGACUGCAGGAGGCAGACAGUGCAGCCCAGCGCUCCUCUCCAGAAAGCUCGACAGCGCCCUCAGGCAGCACCUCUCCUCAUCCAGCAGCUCCACCACUGCUCCCACCACUCUCCUCUCGCCUGGCCUUCCAGCAGACUCCCUCGUCUGUGGAGCGAGCGGGAGGCUCUGCACCUCUCGGCGGCCUCCCCACUGCGGCAGCUGGCGCGGCCUCAGCCGCGACCGCUUUGGCCUACAUGGACGUGCUGGGCCAAGACCCGGCCAGCGCACUGCUCCUGCCUCGGCCUCAGGCCGUGGGCUCGCCGGGCCACCCGUCCCCCAGCCUGGGCCUCGGCAACGGGGACGGCUCCAGCUCCGACUCCCUGGACCGACAGGCGGCGGGACAGGAGGAGGAUGAGGACGAAGACGAUGAGGACGACAAUGAGGACGAGGACAGUAGCGAGUAUGAGAACCUGGUCAGCAUGACGACGGCAACAGGGGCUGCCCCUUCACCGUUGUCGGCCGAGGUGCUGAGUAUGGGGCGGCCCCCGGCAUUGAGGCCAGACGGAGAUACACAGAGCUCCCCAACGUCUUAGAGGAGACCGGUACAAAGGAGGAGCGAAACAAAUGAACGAGAGAUAGAGAGGGGAUGGAGAGAAGGGAGGAGAGCUGUCAGAAAAGGUUGUCUGGGACAGGACCGUGAAGAACAUCCUGUGGUUUGUGGGUUUAUCUUUGGCCCAUCAGAUGAGGUGAGCAGUGGCACGGACGGUUUUGCCAACAACCUUGCUGGCAACCUUGCAAAAAAUGUGUGAGAGGGAGAGGACAAACAAGUGACAUUUAGUGUGUGUGUGUCUCUUUCUUCCUCUCUUGCUCUCUGUUUAAAGACUCCUUCUCUGUCAGGUGGACUGACUCGAGACUUGCCCCGGCCCUAACUGGCUCACUCAGUGUCUGACCAACUAACAUCUGCUACCAACCUCCAAUGGCCGUCUUUUUACCAUUUACCUCGUGCACUACUUUUGCCUUCGUUCAAUGUUUAUUUAACAAGAUAAGCAAAGGGAAAAGAUAAAAAUGCCUUCUGCGGCCUUCAAACUCAUCCCUAGGAGAGCCAGAUUGGCCAGAUUGGCCAUUGAUUUAUUUAGUUUUGCUCUCAUGUUUUUUUUAUUCAGUAACAAACAGGAAAAAUAUAUGUGUGUGUGUGUAUGUAUGUGCGUGUGUGUGUGUGUAUAUAUAUAUAUAUAUAUAUAUACACAGACACACACACACACUUGAUCGAUAUAUAUAUGGAAUCGAUCCACUGCAUCUAAAUCACCUGCACGUUGCAGAGGUUGGACUACUGACUGUCCCUAAUGCAGUUUUUGGUUUAUUUGUUUGUUUUUUCCAAUUGCGAAACAAAACGUGUUUGUCCUCAUGCAAUGGCCUCUAUAGUCGGUGUAACAAAGAGAGGAGGUUUGAUCAAAGUUCUAGUCCUUAGCACCACUACUGUAAGGUCGUGGUCAUGUGAUUUCCUGUCUUAGUUUUUGAAGGGGGGGAUAUGCGAGUAACCAUGACGAACUGUAAUCAAUGUCACCUGAUGAGAAAAUGUUGUCCUUGGCGUUCUGAAGUCUUUGUUUGUUCCUGUCUAUGACAUUGCUCUGCUCUUCUGCUGCGCGCUGCCUGAGCUGUUGUUGUUGUGCUGCCCUCCAGACGAGCUCAUCCGGUCUGCCUGUGCUUUAACCUGAGGGAAUGACUAACUGUGGCGUGCCUGUUUGGCACAUCCUAACAUAAGGGUACUGAUACACGCACAAGCACAUGCACACACACACAAGCACACACACACACACACACACACACACACACACACACACUACUGUAGCUUUACUAAUCCACCCAUGCUUCAGCUUGCCUGUUUUAACCCCAUGGGCCUCCUACAUUAUCCCCUACUUCCUGGUUGGUGAAGACAAAUAGGGAGAGAUAAAAAGAGGUUCAGUAUUUGUGUUUAAGGUCAGACUCCCAUCACAGACAGUCCUACAUACAGUCAGAUCAAUAUGGUGGUUACUGAUCGGGAAACAGAAAGGAAGUCUGCACUGAUGUGUUUGGUUCUGCGUCUCGUCUGCACAGCGUUCGCUAUGAAUCUGUACACUUUUCAUACCCCCCGAGACGUAGGCUGGUUUGAGGUGAGAGAUUAUGAUGGCUUUUUCCGACUUUAAGUGGUUUAGAUGGAGUCAGUUAGCUCACAAGACUGAAAUGCCUAGAGUCCCAGACGUGGUGCAAGUUGAAAAGACAAGGUUAGUCAGUCUGCCCAUCCCCUUCAUCCAAACAGGUGGGUGGAAUGGGCCAGCAAGGCAGGAAGGAGGGCUGACGCCUACAUGAUGCACCUAACAGUAUAACACCCCCACCCCGUGUAGAACAACCGUGCCUUAAACACUCCCUUCACCACCAUACUGUUCCUCUCCUCUGGACACGAGACACGUUUGACUUGCAUACAGAUGCUUACUGGUCAAAUGCUCCUCACUGAGGCUUCACUAUCUUACAACUCAGUUGCUUGCAGAUGUUUGGAACUUUAUUCCUGGACAAUGACUCAAGCCUACUCACAAGAGUUGACAAUGUUUGAGUUGACGUUUAAAAAAAAAAAAAAAAUGAUUAUUAUUUAUUUAUUCCAGGACGGGGUUAAUCCCUUUUUAGUAAAAGAAAACAACAGCUAAGUAACCUAUUUAGGGAGGAGUGUUUGGACCUGAAGCAGGACUUCCAGUUGAUAAAUGAGAAUAAGUGUGGGCAGCAUCCACUGGUGUCUUCCACUCCUGUUCAAACUUAUCAACAAAACAAACAGACAAAUAGCUGAUUAGGGCUGAUGUGGUACUAAGUCUGUCUUGGGGUAUGUCUAGUUUCCUGGCACAUAGAAAUGUGCUUUAUAACCGCCAUGUUAAUCUACUGUAAAUGUUUUAUAUAUAAACAAGUGUCAAGCAUUGGCUCUGUUGUGACUGGUUCAUAAAAACAAUAUUUGGUAGAACUGUAAAUGUCUUCAAGCAUAACCACCGUGCAGUCUAGUUUGAGAGACAGUGUGUGUGUAUGUAUGUGUGUGAUGUACAUGAUCUUUAAAGCUAUAGCACAACAAAUUAUGCUGCAUGAGCGAAGCAUGGGCACGUGGAUGUAAAGGCCGGGGUCAUUGGGGUCAGAUUGGAGCAACCAUGAAAACUGGCUGUCUUAACUUUGUUCUUACUGGUGGAAUUAAAAGUGAGGUUUGUGAUCUGUUGCAUUGUCAAUGCAGAGGGCGUCUACAGAAAGGACCGGUAACCCAAAUGUGAUUUUCUUUAUUUUUUCACUGUCUCUCUUUGCUGCCCCCCACCAUGUUGUGUAUUCUUUGAAAUUGCACCAUUGCGCUGUUUUUGUUUGUUUGUUUGUUUGUUUGUUUAAAUCACUUAUCAAAUAAUGAAAAUGGUUUCUAUUUGAUCACUGGAAGCAAAUGUAAAAUAAUAAUAAUACAAAAACGUGAUUUAAGAGUAAACAAACCAACUAUAAUGAAUGUAGAAUGUAGCCGAGAGGGGUUGAGGUGUGGGGUGGAAUCUCACUUAACUUCCUGAAGUUCAUCUCUGUGCAAAUGGGACUGGUGUUCAUAUGGGAGCCCCCAACCCCCCCACCCCAUCACCCACCCCUGCUACUGUUACCCUAAUCACAGACGCCACACAGGACUCCUGUCUGUCUGGUUGGCCAAAAAAGGAACAGAUUCUUCCAUUUUGAGGGUAAUAAAAGUAUAAUAAUGA